AUAAUAAGUGGGAUGCGUGGCAGUUAAAGAAUAAGCAGUACAAAGUCAAAUCCUUGGCUACACAAAUCGUCCUUUCUUACUGCUACUGCUGUAUCAACCCCCUCCUCUUCCCUCCGCUCUUUAUAACUCCCUUCUUUCGAUUUAUAUUUUCCUCUCAUCCAAACAAACCCCAUCACUCUCCCAAAAAGGAAUGAAAAGAUGGUGGGACUGAGUGUAGUUUUGGAGAAUCAAAAGAGUGGUAACCAUAACAUAUUCAGUAAAAAAACCCCGCAACUUAUUAGCAAAACAACCAUGUUAAUCAACACCAGCAGCAAAGUUUCUUCAUCUUCUUCGAGCUCUUCUAGGUUGUCUCCUCCUACCACCACUUCUCACAUGGUUCCUUCCUUUCUUGAACAAUGCUUCCUUUGCAAACAAAAACUUUUGCCUGGAAAAGACAUCUACAUGUACAAGGGGGAUAGGGGUUUUUGUAGCGUGGAGUGUAGGUGCAGGCAAAUUUUCAUGGAUGAAGAAGAGAGUUUGAAGAAAGAAAAUUGCUGUUUGGCUUCCAUGAAAAUUAAACCUUCAACACCUUCACCUUCUUCUUCUUCAGGCUCUCGCCAUCAUCGCAAAGCUUAUUGAGAAACCUAUGCAGCUGCCAAGAACUGGAAAACCUUUUUUUUUCAUUUUGGUUAAUUUCAAUUGUAUUUUUCCAGUGUAGGCUUGGCUAAUUUUGUAAUGACGGUGCCAUGCGCUGUCGUUUUGCAUUCUGGAAUGAAGCCAAAAGAGCUUUUCCUUGUCUUUUAA